UCUUUAAUCUUUAAAUGUAUGAAAGAGAGCACUCUACUUCCACGCCAUCAGACACAAGCCAACCCAAUUAAAGAGUAAAAAGAAAGCAGCAGCUCUAGUUGAAGAAAAAAGGAAAAAGAAAAUGGGUAUUGUAGAAGAAGCUCAUAACGUGAAGAUCUUGGGGUCAGGAGAGCGAGUGAUAGUUUUGGCUCAUGGGUUUGGGACGGAUCAGUCUGUAUGGAAGCACUUGAUUCCACACAUCGUUGAUGAGUACAAAGUUAUUCUGUAUGAUAACAUGGGUGCUGGAACUACAAACCCAGAUUACUUUGACUUCAAUCGGUACUCAUCUCUUGAAGGUUAUGCUUAUGAUUUGCUUGCCAUUUUAGAGGAGUUAAAAGUUGAGUCUUGUAUUCUUGUCGCUCACUCUGUUUCUUGCAUUAUUGGUGCUAUUGCCUCUAUCAGUCGCCCUGAUCUCUUUUCAAAAAUUGUCAUGCUUUCUGCUUCUCCAAGGUAUUUGAAUGAUGUUGAUUACUAUGGAGGAUUUGAGCAAGAAGAUUUAGACCAAUUAUUUGAAGCGAUGCAAAACAAUUAUAAAGCAUGGUGUUCAGGUUUUGCCCCACUAGCCGUGGGUGGAGACAUGGAUUCUGUAGCGGUGCAGGAAUUCAGCCGCACCCUCUUCAAUAUGAGGCCAGACAUUGCCCUUAGCGUGGCACAAACCAUCUUCCAAAGUGACAUGAGGUCAAUCCUGCAUAUGGUCACAGUGCCCUGCCACAUUCUGCAGAGCAUGAAGGACUUGGCAGUGCCUGUGGUUGCUGCUGAAUAUUUGCACCAAAAUCUUGGUGGUGAAUCAAUUGUUGAAGUCAUGUCAUCGGAUGGUCAUCUGCCUCAGUUGAGCUCUCCGGAUAUUGUGAUCCCUGUGCUUUUAAAGCACAUUCGUUACAAUAUUGCUUCAUGAUUACUUCUGUAUUGUAAACCUCUUCUCUCCCUGCUAAAUGGGUUUGCUUUUUUUAUGUUAGACUGUUAAUUAGGAAGUUGGUGAAUGGUUGUAGGAAGAUUAUAAGGUGAUUAUUGUUUCGGGUUAGAAGAGAUGAAAAUAGCUAGGGUAGAGGGGAUAAGACGAAACAAGAGAUGAAGAAGUUGUUUUUGGUAAUGGUAUAAAAGAUGGAAUGAAUGUUUCUAUAUUCUAUUUAAGUUAAAAUAAAUUAUAAGAAUAAAAAACUGUUUAACCCU